GAUGAAAACCUGAGACAUCAACCUGUGAAGACGAUCCUGAAUAAUAAGUGUAAAUGGUGUUGCUGCUGGACUUGUUCUGCAGAGUGUCUGAAAUGAACCUCUCUUAUUGAUUGUGUUUAUUGGCCCAGAGCCAAGAGUACUGGAUUCGGUUGACUUCAGGAUAAAAAGGGAACAGUCUUGUUUAUCAUCAUAAACAUAUGAACCAGUGUGAUGGUGAAAUGAGAUGAGGCUCCGAAAUGGAACUGUAGCCACUCUUUUAGCAUUUAUCACUUCGUUCCUUACUUUAUCUUGGUAUACUACAUGGCAAAAUGGGAAAGAAAAACUGAUUGCUUAUCAGCGAGAAUUUCUUGCUUUGAAAGAGCGUCUUCGAAUAGCUGAACAUAGAAUCUCACAGCGUUCUUCUGAAUUAAAUGCCAUUGUCCAGCAGUUUCGGCGUGUAGGAGCAGAAACCAAUGGGAGUAAGGAUGCAGUGAAUAAAUUUUCAGAUAAUACCCUAAAGCUAUUAAAAGAGUUAACAAGCAAAAAAUCUCUUCAAGUGCCAAGUUUUUAUUAUCAUUUGCCUCAUUUGUUGCAAAAUGAAGAAAGCCUUCAACCUGCUGUUCAGAUUGGUAGUGGAAGAAAAGGAGUUUCAAUAGUAAUGGGAAUUCCCACAGUGAAGAGAGAAGUUAAAUCUUACCUCAUAGAAACUCUUCAUUCCCUUAUUGAUAAUCUGUAUCCUGAAGAGAAGUUGGACUGUGUUAUAGUAGUCUUCAUAGGAGAGACAGAUACUGAUUAUGUACACAGUGUUGUAGCCAACCUGGAGAAAGAGUUUUCUAAAGAAAUCAGUUCUGGCUUGGUGGAAGUAAUAUCACCUCCUGAGAGCUAUUACCCUGACCUGACAAACUUAAAGGAGACGUUUGGAGACUCUAAAGAAAGAGUAAGAUGGAGAACAAAGCAAAACCUAGAUUAUUGUUUUCUAAUGAUGUAUGCUCAAGAAAAGGGCGUAUAUUACCUUCAGCUUGAAGACGAUAUUAUUGUCAAACAGAAUUACUUUAACACUAUAAAAAAUUUUGCACUUCAACUUUCUUCUGAGGAAUGGAUGAUACUAGAGUUCUCCCAGCUGGGCUUCAUUGGUAAAAUGUUUCAAGCACCAGACCUCACUCUGAUUGUAGAGUUCAUAUUUAUGUUCUAUAAGGAGAAACCCAUUGAUUGGCUCUUGGACCAUAUUCUCUGGGUGAAAGUCUGCAACCCGGAAAAAGAUGCAAAACAUUGUGAUAGACAGAAAGCAAAUCUGCGAAUUCGCUUCAGGCCUUCCCUUUUCCAGCAUGUUGGUCUGCAUUCUUCACUAACAGGAAAAAUUCAGAAACUCACGGAUAAAGAUUACAUGAAACCGUUACUUCUUAAAAUCCACGUAAACCCACCUGCAGAGGUGUCUACUUCUCUGAAGGUCUACCAAGGACACACACUGGAGAAAACUUACAUGGGGGAGGAUUUCUUCUGGGCUAUAACUCCAGUAGCUGGGGACUAUAUCUUGUUUAAAUUUGAUAAGCCGGUCAAUGUAGAAAGUUAUUUGUUCCAUAGUGGCAACCAAGAACAUCCAGGAGAUAUCCUGCUAAACACAACUGUGGAAGUUUUGCCUUUUAAGAGUGAAGGUUUGGAAAUAAGCAAAGAAACCAAAGACAAACGAUUAGAAGAUGGUUAUUUCAGAAUAGGAAAAUUUGAGAAUGGUGUUGCAGAAGGAAUGGUGGAUCCCAAUCUAAACCCCAUUUCAGCCUUUCGACUUUCAGUUGUUCAGAAUUCUGCUGUUUGGGCCAUUCUUAAUGAGAUUCAUAUUAAAAAAGCCUCCAACUGAUCAUCUCCUAAGAAACCAGUACAUUUUUUUCCUGUGAAUUUGUUAAUUAAAGAUAGUUAAGCAUGUACCUUUUUUUUUUUUUUUUUACUUGAACACUACCUCUUGUGAAAUCUACUGUAGAUGAGAUGAUUGUCAUUUCCACUCGGAAAGUGAGUCUCCCAUGGAUAUUGUGUUCAUUCGAACCUAUGCUGUCCUCCAGUUUUAACUUGACUCAAACAUUUUACAGUUACGACAGGCUGUUAAUAUGACUUGUACUAUUUUGGUAUUAUACUAAUACAUAAGAGUUGUACAUAUUGUUACAUUCCUUAAAUUUGAGAAAAAUUAAUGUUAAAUACAUUUUAUGAAGGGGGUACUUUUGAAGUUCAUUUAUUUUACUAUUAUGGACCCUCUUUUAUAGAUUAUCAGGGAUUAUAUAUAUAUAUAUAAAUAUAUAAAUAUACAUAAAAAUGUUAUGGAGUUAAUUUAUUAGAAACACUUAAGAAGUACAUAUUUUUGUGCGGUAAAUUUUUGAAUCAAUACUUUUUUUGGAAACCAGUUACCUUGCUUUUUUAAGUUCUUUCUAUAUUUUUCUUUGGAAAUGCGAACGUUACAAAUUAAUGCCAUUUUUCAAAUGCACUGCCAUUUAAGAAUGAUUCUAGACUGAUUUCCUAACUGAAGUACUUUUAUAAUUGCAGUGAUUGUGAACAAAAUAUUUUCAAAGGCAUUUGCCAUUCUUUAAAGCCAAGAUUUUAAAGACCAAUGUCCUUCUUGAGGGUUAUUUUACUAAACUGUGUAUGAUGUACAGCCAAAAAAUAAGUCUGAUAAAUUUUAAUGUGCAGGGUGAUGCUUUCAACCCAAAUUAUCAUAGACGCAACUGAUGACAUUUCCUCUGAUCUGUAGGAUGACAGACUGUUUUUAAUUUUUGUCUUUAGUUCAUGAGUUAGAUGCAUUAUCUCUUUUCUUGUUGAUCCUUUUAUAUCUGCACUCAUUAUAUGAAUUGUGACAAAAUGUUUUCUAGGUAGUGCUGUUGUAUGAGUCAUAAUUGGUUUAAAGAAAAACAAAAUUGUGAUACUGGUUUUUGUUGAAAGGCAUUGUAGCAGCUGUAUGUUUUUCCACAAUGAUUUAUUCUAUUGUGUUUAUGAACUUAUAAGUAAAUUUGUAUCCAAAAAGAAUAUUUAUUAGUCUUAAACAUGCAAUUCCAAAUGAUAUUACUAUUAUAAACAAAAAUAUUAUUAGCCUUAGCAGUCAGUGAUCUUUACAAAAGUAUUUCACUUUUAAAAAAUCCUGAAUUAUCAGCCUCAGUGCCCAGCCAGUCUGGUGUGCCCACGUGGGUUGCUGCUGAUUCACGUGUGCACAGAGCUUGAUCCCUGAGCUUUCCGAGUAGCCAGUUGUGAGGCCUUGGGUGACUGGAACUUACAGCUGGCUGGCUAGCCUGGAGGAGCUUCCCCUGGCUACCGUGAUGCGGAACAAAGAGCUUCCGAACAGCAGCAUUUUCCCUGCAGUGUUAUGAAGUGAAAAGGUCUGGAAACACCAAUAGGCUACAAUUAUUUCCAUUACGCCAUAUUGGAAUAAUUUUUAGUUACUUUUCUUGCUUAGAAAGUUGUGUAUUGUCAAUAAUGAUUUUUAUGUCAAAGUCCAGUUACAAUUUUCUUUGAGGCUUUUAAAUUUGCUUUUCAUUUUCUUUUUAUUUUCUUUUCAAAUUCUUUGGCUUAGU